AUGACCUCUUUGAGCUUAUUCUGCAUUUUGCUUUUAUGGCUGCUCUCAAGAUCCCAACUUGUGAUCACCCAAAUACUAGACAAUGAUCAGGGGCUCAUUUUACUUCAAAUUGGUACAGAGUUUAAAGUUUCUAAAUGGAGUGCUAUUAAGAACACUUCAGAUUAUUGCUCUCUGCCUGGCAUUUCUUGCAACAACAGCUCCUUGGUGGAGGUUCUUGAUCUCUCUAGGCAAGGGCUCAGAGGCAACUUGACCCUGUUUUCACAGCUCAAGUCCCUCAAAUCCCUCGAUCUCUCCUUCAACAGUUUCCAUGGCUUAAUCCCACCGUCUCUCUCCGAGUUAGCCGAGCUCGAGUAUCUUGAUUUGUCGUUCAACAGCUUCGAUGGCCCUAUCCCUUUCGAAUUCUCGAGGCUCGAAAAUCUCAGAGCUUUGAACCUUUCCAGCAAUUUCCUCACUGGCGAUAUACCCCAAAGGCUUGAGAGCUUAACAAAGCUGCAAGAUUUGCAGCUGUACACAAACAGGUUGAAUGGCACAAUCCCUUCAUGGAUUGGUAGCUUGACCAACUUAAGGAUUUUCACUGCCUAUGAAAAUGAGUUGACUGGUUCCAUCCCGGACGAGUUGGGCUCGUUCAGUGAACUUCAGUUGUUGAACCUUCACUCGAAUGAGCUGGAAGGCUCGAUACCCGAGAGCAUUUUCGCGAUGCGAAAACUCGAGACUUUGGUCCUGACCCAAAACAGAUUGAGUGGGUACAUUCCUAAAUCGAUCGGCAAGUGCAAGACUUUGUCGAGCAUACGGAUAGGUAACAACAAUCUGAGUGGGCUCAUACCUAAAGAGGUAGGGGACAUUACGAGCCUCACUUAUUUUGAGGCGAAUGAUAACGGGCUGUAUGGGGAAAUCGUGCACGAGUUUUCCAAAUGUGCGAACCUCACACUCCUUAAUUUGGCCUCAAACCGGUUAAACGGAAGUGUGCCGUUGGAGUUUGGCUUAUUGAGUAACCUGCAGGAGUUGAUUGUUUCGGAUAAUGACCUGUUUGGAGAGAUGCCUUUGUCCAUUCUUAGAGGGAAAAAUCUGAGUAAGUUGGAUUUAAGCAAUAACAGAUUUAACGGCACUAUACCGGCUAGCAUCUGUAACACGUCCCCCCGGCUGCAGUUCUUGCUUUUAGCCAACAACUUGUUGGAAGGCGAAAUCCCGCACGAGAUUGGUAACUGUACGAAACUGCUGGAGUUGCAACUGGGGAAUAAUCAUCUGAAUGGAAGCAUCCCGCCCGAGAUCGGCCGUAUAAAGAACUUGCAGAUUGCUUUGAACUUGAGCUCCAACCGCCUUCACGGGCAGCUGCCGGAGGAGCUGGGCAGGCUCGACAAGCUCGUUGCUUUGGACGUGUCGGGCAAUCUGCUGACCGGGAAUAUCCCGAGUUCUCUCCGGGGGAUGCUGAGCUUGAUCGAGGUGAAUUUUUCGAACAAUUGGUUCACUGGGCCCAUACCUUCGUUCAUACCAUUUCAGAAAAGCCCGAAUUCGAGUUUUAUCGGGAAUAAAGGUCUGUGUGGCGAGCCGUUGACUGUUUCUUGUGGAAAUUUUGACAGCCCCGAAAGUUAUUCGUACCAUCACAAAGUCUCGUACAGGGUUGUGUUAGCCGUGAUCGGUUCAGGCCUAGCCGUGUUUGCUUCGGUUACUGUAGUUGUUUUGCUGUUCAUGAUGAGAGAGAAACAGGAGAAAGCUGCCAAGGAGGCAAAGAUAGCCGAAGAGGAAAGUAAUGACAACCCGGAAGUAGUGGCGGGCAAUGUGUUUGUCGAGAGCCUCAAGCAAGCGGUUGAUUUUGAGGCUGUUGCGAAAGCUACCAUGAAGGAGUCGAGUAAGUUGAGUGUCGGGACUUUUAGCGUCGUUUAUAAGGCGGAUAUGCCGUCCGGGUUAACUUUGUCGGUCAGAAAGUUGAAAUCGAUGGAUAAGACCAUACUUAACCACCAAAACAAGAUGAUUAGAGAGGUUGAGAAGCUUAGUAGGCUCUGUCAUGAUAACUUGAUGAGACCGAUCGGUUUUGUUCUGUUCGAGGAUGCUGUCCUCUUGUUGCACCAAUAUUAUCCAAAAGGGACCUUGGCCAAUUUUCUUCAUGAAUCGGUCGAGAAGCCCAAUUACAUGCUCGACUGGCCUGCGAGGCUUGCGAUUGCUAUUGGGGUGGCCGAGGGACUGGCUUUUCUCCACAAUGUGGCCAUUAUUCAUCUCGAUAUCUCGUCGGGCAAUGUGGUUUUGGACUCGAGUUCUAAUCCUGUGUUGGGUGAGGUCGAGAUCUCAAAGCUUCUCGACCCGUCUAGAGGAACCGCGAGCAUAAGCGCGGUAGCUGGUUCGUUCGGAUAUAUCCCUCCAGAAUACGCGUAUACUAUGCAAGUGACAGCACCGGGUAAUGUGUACAGCUAUGGUGUAGUUUUGCUUGAGAUCCUCACGACUCGGCUGCCGGUUGACGAGGCUUUUGGGGAAGGGAUUGAUCUGGUGAAGUGGGUCCACGGUGCACCUACCCGAGGGGAGACCCCAGAGCAGAUUCUUGAUGCAAGGCUGAGCACGGUGUCGUAUGGCUGGAGAAAACAGAUGCUUGCUGCCCUCAAAGUGGCAUUACUCUGCACAGAUAGCACGCCAGCCAAACGGCCCAGGAUGAAAAAUGUAGUCGAGAUGCUUAAGGAGAUUGCGCAGAAUUAG